AUGGCCGGUCCAGAUUCUGCAGUGGAAGAAGCCAAAGCAACCCUCGUGCAGAGGUUCAGAGCUUGGGGAGAGAACCCUUUCCCUCCGACCCUGCUUGCUACCCUUAUCACCGCGCAGUAUAUGCGUCCUUUCCAGGCGCUGCCGAUGCUUUUCCCACCUGUCCUUCUUUUCACAAGCUAUGCGAGUAUACAAGGUUUCAAGACCGACACUGCUGGUAUCAGUGCCGCCUGGUCUGGUCUUUAUCUUUUACUCGCUGGUCGACGAAAGCAGCCAUUCAUGAAAAAAUGGGGAGCCCGGGGUAUCACACGAGGGGCCACAAUGGGUCUUGCUUUGGUCAACAUGGUCGGUGGAGGCCUAGCUUAUACUCUCGGAAAGAGGGAAGACGAGGGGGAUGAGUAG